AUGGCCAAUGUUGACAUUUCAAAACAUCAGUGGGAACUGUCUUUGAGUAACUUUCCAAUGCAAUGUGCUGGAAUAACAACAAAAGGGGUCAGAUGCAAGCUACGAACCACCGAGACUUAUUGCAAACACCAUAUCUAUCAAGGAAAGCCACAUCAACAACCACCACAGCAGAAAGGCUUGAUCUAUGUGUUCACCUUAUCGCAUCUACUUCUGGAAAAGCCCCCCAAGACGAACUGGCUACGGAUCAACAAAGGUGGUUACGAUAUAAAGCAGACUUCCAGCUACGAUGUUUUUAAUCCAAGACGGUGCCUGCUUAUAAAAGUUGGAUUUACCACACAGACCAUACCCACUAGACUCAAGCAGUGGUCCUCCAAGUGCAGACAGGACUUCAAACUUCUGUUACCAAACACCAAACACAUCGUGAUUAGCAGAAGAGAUAGGCUAUCGGAUCUUUUCUCCGGCCUGAGUUUGGAGCCUGUAUAUCAUCGCUAUGACCCCGCUGAGUAUGGGUUUGUGUGUUCAAAGAACGUGAUCAGUGUGGAAUCUGCUAUUCACAAGUAUUUACACAGCAAAUACGGCAAGGGAAACCUAUACUGCCAGGGCUGUUCAAAUGAUGUUAAAAUACACACCGAAUGGUUUCUGAUACCAAGGAAGGAAAUGAACAAUGUUUUCAAGGAUAUUGACAGGAUAUGUAAUGAACUGGGGUAA